AUGGGAAGAACUCCUUGCUGUGUCAAGGCAAAUGUAAAGAAAGGGCAUUGGACUCCUGAAGAAGACUGGAAGCUGAAGGAAUACAUGGAGAAGAAUGGCACUGAAGGGAAUUGGACAACUCUCCCACAAAAAGCUGGGCUCAGAAGAUGUGGGAAAAGCUGCAGAUUGAGAUGGUUGAACUAUCUCAGACCUAAUAUUAAGCACAGGGAAUUCACAGAUAAUGAGGACAGAAUAAUUUGCAGCCUUUUUGCUAGUAUUGGAAGCAGGUGGUCAAUUAUAGCAGGUCAGUUACCAGGCAGAACUGACAAUGAUAUCAAGAACUAUUGGAACACUAAGCUCAAGAAGAAAUUCCUUCUGGAGCUGGUGCCAGCUAUGCUGCAGAAAAACCAUCCCCAAGCUAUAACGUAUUCACUUCAUCACAAUUCAUCAGUAGAGUCUCCACAUUCAGCCAGUACUGCCCUCCAACCUCAAGAUGGCUAUGUGGGUGUGGGUUCCAUGCAUAAUAAUCAGAUUAAUGAUAGCCGUCUGAUCAUCUUUGGAUCAGGUGAAGCUAGUUGUAGUUCAUCUGAUGGUAGUUGCACUACCAACCACAUUAUAAGCCAUGGCCAAGAGGUAGUAGAGUAUGAUCAUGGAUUCUCCAGCCAUUUCAGCAGUGGGAUUGAUGAAAAUACCAAGUUGAAGCUUGCUAAAAAUGGUGAUUCACUCAAUGGAUAUGUUUGUGAGAAUCCAACUAAUAUAUGUUUUUAUGAAGAUUCAUUGGACUACAGUAUUGAAGUGAUGAAGCAGCUGGAUUACACUAAUAAUUUCAGCAACAACUGGAUUUGAAACUUUAUUAUUUAUUAUUUUCGUGCGUGAUUCAUUCCUAAAAAAUCGAAAACAACUAUAUUCUUAACACAUACGUAAUGCAACCAUGUAAUUUUUGAUAUAUUGUGAUGCUUUGUUCAUAACUAUAGCAUCUUGUCUCAACUACUGAGGUCCCAUUUUAUU